AUGGCGAUGAAGCUUCUGGAACUUAACUCCUCUGACUCUUCUGUGUCCCCUUUGGAGAACCAUGAGAAUGUUUCACUGGACUCAAGCCUUCAUCAUCCAUUCCCUGGUUCUAAUAUCACCUAUGUGGACUUCUACCUCCAUGAACCCUCCGUGUCUGCCAUCUUCAUCGUGUCCUACCUCCUCAUUUUCGUUGUGUGUAUGGUGGGCAACGGAGUGGUAUGCUUCAUUGUGCUCAGGAGCAAAAACAUGCGGACUGUCACCAACCUGUUCAUCCUCAACCUGGCCAUCAGUGACCUGCUGGUUGGCAUUUUCUGCAUGCCCACCACUCUAGUUGAUAACAUCAUCACAGGUUGGCCAUUUGGAAGUUUGGUGUGCAAGUUGAGUGGAAUGGUACAAGGAAUAUCAGUGUCUGCUUCAGUAUUUACUUUGGUCGCCAUUGCUGUGGAUAGGUUCCGCUGCAUUGUCUAUCCCUUCAAGCAGAAGCUCACCAUCUCCACUUCCACGCUUAUCAUCAUUAUCAUCUGGGUUUUGGCCAUCUCCAUCAUGUGUCCAUCUGGUGUCAUGCUCCAGGUCACCAAAGAGAGCCGGGUCUCCAUCCUGCUGGGUGAUGGCAAUGCCACUCGCCCCUUCUACUGGUGUCGUGAGAACUGGCCCAACCAGGAGAUGCGAAAGAUCUACACCACUGUCCUCUUUGCCAACAUCUAUCUGGCCCCGCUGACCCUCAUUGUCAUCAUGUAUGCUCGCAUCGGGAUUACGCUCUUCAAGACGGCUGUUCCCGCUUGUGCAAAUCAAGCUGGGGGUUCUGGGUCCGGUGCUGGAUCUGGCUCUGGAAAAGCAGGUGGCUACGAGGGCAGAGCUCAUACUGUGUCCCGGAAAAAGAAACGUGUGAUUAAGAUGUUACUGGUUGUGGCCCUGCUUUUCAUCCUGUCCUGGCUGCCUCUGUGGACACUAAUGAUGCUGAGUGAUUACGCUAGCCUGAGUGAGCACCAACAUCGGGUCAUUAACAUCUACGUAUACCCUUUGGCCCACUGGCUGGCAUUCUGCAAUAGCAGCGUCAACCCAAUCAUCUAUGGGUUUUUCAAUGAGAACUUCCGCCGAGGGUUCCAAGCCGCUUUCAAGCUGCAGUUUUGUUCAGCCAGGCAGGGCAAAAGGAAGACCUACUCGCACCGGGUUCAGCUAAAUGCAGUUCUGCCUACAAACUUGCACUUGACGCAGGAGUCUGAGGUUGGACCUGGGGUUUGUAAGCCAGGGCUGGGUCUGGACCAGGGAAUCGGAAUAGUGGGAAAUGGGAAAAGUCUCGGUGAGUCCAGCCAAUCUUCAGGGAAGGAGAAUCUGAAAGAACAGGAUCUGAUCAUGGAGGAUCUAGAAAAGGUCAUGUAUGACCUUUAA